AUGAUGACCAUUCAUCUUCCAGAGUCCAAAGCCAAGCAAGAAGGCUUGAGGUGUUGGAUAAUCCGAAGCGGGGUACUGCUCUGUUCUCUUCUGUUGGCGUCGACGUCGCUGUUGAGUAACAACCUCCUCAUUCGUGCAUCUAAAACGUUCGUAGCAUCAUCAUCAUCCUCAUCAUCUUCAACAUCUAUCCAUCGAGAUUCGCAACGAAUGGUGUCUCCAGAAUGGCUCACAUUCGACCAGCUCUCUGAAAGAGGCACCAACACUACUUGGAACCGAGCAACAGGAAUGGCAGAUGGAGACAAAAGAGGAUUGAUGGCUCGUCCACCCUUCCCAAACGAAAGCGAAUGGCUGUUGUCGCCCAGUGUCUACCACAACAGUCAUCAAGAUGGUCAACUCAUCCCCAAACUACUGCACAAGGUUCUGCUAUCAACGAAAGGAGACUUUACAAAAUUCACAUAUGACAUGAUGACAAAUGAAACCAUCCAGAAUUUGACCAACCCAUUGAACUUGGAUGGUAUCAAUCGCUUGGCGUGGGCCCAUAGAAGCUGGAAAGUCUUCAACCCUGGCUACGAGAUCCGAUACUUCAAUCUGCACCACUGCCGGACGUAUCUUGCUCGGAACUUUCAUCCCCUCAUGUUGCGAGCAUUCGAUUGCAUCGAGGCGUUUGCUGGGAAAGCUGAUUUGUUUCGAUAUUUAGUAGUUUACCGGGAGGGUGGUUUCUACAGUGACUGGAAACAAGAGUGUAUGGUGGAUGGUCUGCUGGAUCGUGUUGCUGCAACCAACGUCACCUUUGUUGCUGCUACGGACAGCGGACUUCCUAGAGGGUGGAAAUCAAUGCAAAAUUCCUUCAUUGGUGCAACACCGAGACACCCGGUCCUCAUCAAAACGAUCGAAAUCCUUUUGCGGAACAUCCAAAGUCGGAGCGACCUCAAUCAAUCCCUGACAACCCAUAACUCUGCAUAUGAAAUGACAUCGACCAUUCCCUUGGGGAGAGCAUUUGAGGCUAUCAGCCCCCCACUAGACAAGCCAGGUGGGGCUCGACUUAUUGACUUCAAGGCGAAUUAUGGUCUUCGGUUCUUCUGGGGUGAGGACAUUGUGAUUGUGCACAAAUGCUACGGCUGUGGAGGAGAUCAGAACUGGGCUGAUGGGAACAACUAUCUUCACAAGUAUGAAAUUGGUGAAUUCUUUUGCCCAGAUGCACCGUCACUGUUUCAAGACUGA